AUGACAACAAUCAUUAUGAGAGGUAACACAUAUGAAGUAAGACCUGAGAGUUUAUUAGGAAAGAUGCUAGAAAAAUCAACAGCACAAAGUCUACAGAGGGUUGGCAUUGUGGAGCUUGUCAAAAUACUAGAAACAACAGAU